ACCGUCAGAGACCAUCAGUUCCUACUCGUCCAGGUCACCGUCAUGUGCUGCAAGUCUUUGUUCCUUACCCUGUGUGUGGGGGCGGCCAUCGUCAAUGCCGGCUAUGUACCACAAGUGGGUAGCGGAGGUCACGUAGGGGCGAGCGGUGGGUAUGGCGGGGCAGCGGCGGUUUACCACGGGGUACAGUCAGCCUACAGUGGGUAUGGCGGUGGUGGUGGUAUUGGCUACGGUCACGGCGGUUCUUCUUACUACGGCCCUAGUUACUUCGUUGCGCCCUCCGGUAACUACCAUGGUGGAUACUUCGGUAACCAGGGUCAUGGUGUGUAUGGUGGUGGUCAUGGUGGCGGCUAUGGUGGCGGCCAUGGUGGUGGUCAUGGUGGUGGUGUUGGUCGUGGUUAUGGUGGCGGUUAUGGUGGCGGAUAUGGAUACGGUCGCUAAGCACCAGUCAACAGUUAGAUAAUUCACCCCAAGCCCACAGUCAGUCUCCAGUCAACCAUACGUAACUGUACUAACUGGCAGAACGAUUUUACACUUUUAUACAUCAUUGUAAACUAUCUAUGUAUAACCCAGUACUUCGAGGACUGUAUAAUGAAUGAGAAUGAAUAAUUCGAUUAGUAAAUACCUUGUAUAGUAAUAAAAUACAGGGGAGUGAAGAUAAUUAUUUCCUUCAUUAUUGUAUAUAAGAUUUUAUGGUGUAUUGUUUGACGAUGAAUAAUAAUGUAGAAUGUAUAACGGUGUGAAAAUAAAUAUAUACAUACAAAAACAA